AUGAUGGCCCUCAGGCCAGGGCACCAGGCGAAUCCCACGGACGACCUGCCUGUGCGCCUCUCCCAAACAACGGUGCUCGAGCCCAGGAUGGAAACCUUUGUUCCUUGCGAAACGGCAUGUCCCUUUACUGCGCCUCUCAUGUUGAUCUCACAACGAUCGGCUUUAGCCGAUAAAUCCCUGAUGGUUUCCCCGGCGGUCAUCAACACGGGUAAAUGUCGGGUUCUGGUUUCUAACCCCUCGGACAGAACAGAAGUCUUGUAUAAGGAUCAGGUUAUCGCGUUUGCCGUUCGGCUGGCUCAGUCCGAUGACGGAACCUUGUCUUGCCCUUCCGCAACUCCUUACGACGCCGUCCCCAUGGACGCUGUCUCUGUCGAGACCGAUGCGGCACCGUCUAGUACCGCAACCCCCGGCCAUGAAAUGGCAUCGUCUUCAGAUAUCUCUCCUACGGAUACUGCUAGUUUGCAGCGAAGCACCUCGCCUGUUCCUUGCCACGUGGUGGCAUCACCUGGUCAGUCGUCGUUGGAUGUAUCAGCCAACAGUAACACAUUGGGUGAUCGUAUGACGACACCUAUGGAUACUUCUGAUACGCAGCAGGUUUCUGCAACUUCUUCCGGCCACGCGGUGGCAUCAACGGAUCUUUCAUGUACUUCUCCUAAAGUAGUCCUCUCCCCGACGGGCGACGUGGAUAUGGCCACCAUAUCCGACUACAGCACUCAUGGCGAACCCAGUUCCGAUGAGCUCUUGGCUAGCGAUGCUGAAAUGCGUUCCGUGUGCGAGGUUGGACGCGAACGCGGUUCCUCCCUGCUUGUCUCAUCCGAUUCCGCAUCCUCUGACGGCUGUGCUCUUCCUGCUUCGAAUCGUCAACCUGCAUCCGCGAACCCGCUACCCUCACGCUUUCGUUCUGGCGGAUUCGGUACAGCACCAUCCUUCACCUUCUCACAACCGUCGCAGAAUCUCAUCUCCGGGCCGUUCCAAUCUGGAUCCUCCCCCGGUAGACGUGUCCUGGUCACUCCACCAGCUCCUCGCAGAGGGACCGCCAGCCAGACCUCCCGACCACGGGGUUCCAUCUCCUCUCCUCGUCGUGGAGCUACCAUCCAGCGCGGAGUCCGCGCUGGUCGUACCCGAGGGAGCCGUGAUCGCGCCACAGCCGCGGCAGCAGAUCGAAGACCCAAGGCCACUUCGCAGAACGAAUUGCCAGACAAAACACCCGAGGGCUUUUGGCACUACCUCAUCGAUCGGCAUCCGUGGGCUCAGUACGUCAAGCCCCGUCAACUCCGCUUGCAUGAGCUCGCCGCCCAACAGGUCACCAACGUGCUCCCCGAAGACGUCUAUCGCUUCGUGCCCCCUGCGGGGUAUUUGUCGCUGAAGUUCGUGCGGUCGCUUUUCCCCCGCGUUACGCCGCCCGAUGGACUCGUUGCGACGGAGAUUCCGUUCCUGGAGCUACCGUCCCUAGAAGACGCGAUCGUCUUUCGCGGUAACUCGGCCGAUAUCAUCCAAGAGGCUCUCCGCGGGGCCGUUCAACCAGCUCGACAGCCUCCGGACGGUCUCCAGACACCCAAAGGAGAAUGGACUUCCCGGAUUGCACCCCGCUACAUCAAAGGCUUACGUCCGGUGAUUUACCAAAUAGUCGCCAUCAAAUCUAACUCCUUGGUCUUGGAAGCUAAGGAUUUCUUCAUCUUUAUGCCGGAUCGCCUGGAUCUCCAUUGCAUCCUGCUCGACAAAUUUGCCUUUAACGUGGAGAACGGCAAGUACGGCUACGAUCGAUCCUUGAUUUCGGUGAAAGAUUUUGUGUGGGUAUAUGACCUCAUGCCAGUUGCCGCGGUCCUCGCGUCGCCGGCAGCUGAUCUCGAACGGGCGCGCAUCCCAAGGACAGCGGCGUUGGACACAAAUUCAACGUUCUUCUUUCGCGUCGCCCGUUUCGCGUUCGUCACUCCGCCCACAUGGACCGAACCGCGAUAUGGCAUAGUGCUAUCCAUCACACGGCGCGGGCAAUACGUCAACAACUUUCGUGUGGCCAUCGAAGGAACCCCAGAGGCCGUUACCAUCGCUCGUUCCCUGUGUCGCUUCGACUGGCCCAACAUCUCGGAAUACGAAAUUCUCCGCGCUCUAUGCCGUCGUAACAGCUCCUGCGCUGUCCGCUUCUCCGAGCCGCCAGCGUCAAAGUCGGCCCGCGAUACGCUGAGUCGAAUGGUGAAGCACUUUCUUCCGGCGAAUCCUGGCGAGGCCAUCGUUCCGAUGGAGGUUUUCAAGAUCGACUCGAGCGAAGCUCAGUGGUUCUCGGAUCGCCUCGCCGCUUUUGACAACUUUUGCCGAAAUCGUCACGAGUCUUUGACACGGAUGGGCCGAAUUUUCAACGCGGCGUCUUCAGCGUUAGCUGCCUUUGUGUCUAUGGACGACGAUAAGGAGACCCAUCGCGUCACCGCAACCAUACCCAGCUUGCUCGCAUACCCGUUGCGGAUGGAGUUCAUUCUCAACAACAUGAACACCGAAGCCGGAUGGACUCGACACCGCCCCGUGGGCGUAUGGCUGAUGGGAGCAUUUUCGUUUGUUCGGAUGACGGUCGAAGCCGUGACGCAAUUAAGAGCCACCCGCGAACUGCGCAUUCGGCUUCAGGCGUACUCGUGGUCUCACAAGCCACUGCUUCGCGCCACUCACGAGGUCGGACGGAUUGCCAACAACACGGCCUUCCUGGAAGCGUGUGUCAAACUGGGCAAAUUGCCUUCCAACGCGAUUCCCGCCUACGAAGCUGUGACGCGUAUGGCACUCUUUUCGGACAUCCCCGCGGGAAGCAAGGCCGACGCAAUCAUGAAUGCUGUUUAUGGAGCCACCCCCUUGGGAUGCCUCAACAAAGGCCAGAACCACCUGUGGCCUAUAAAAGUCAUCGUAGAUGAAUCACCAAUAUCUAUCCAAGGACGCACAGUCCACCUAACUGACGAUCAGCGACAAGCCAUCACGCACUACAAUUCAAGCACGAUUACCCGCAGGGUUCCUAAAAAAGAACAUCGAGGAUGGUGUUACAGAAAAUGCAAGACAAAACAGAAUCCUGACGGUGUUCCCAUGACGCAUUCACCGCUACGAGAGCAUUUUAUGACUCAGCGUGAUGAUGCUCGUCGUGCGAAAUAG